UUUUACUGCAACAAAAUGGGGUUUGAAGAACUGGCCUACCGAGGCUUGGAGACUGGCAGCCGAGAGGUGGUUUCCCACGUGAUCAAGCAGGAUAAGAUUAUAUUUGUUUUCUCCUCGGCCCUUAACCCUGGCAAUGAAGAAAUGGGACGGCACUUAAUAGAGCACGGAGAUGGCGUCAAAGAUGUUGCCUUUGAAGUGGAGGACUGCGAUUCUAUUGUGAAGAAAGCCCGAGAACGUGGAGCUCGGAUAGUACGAGAGCCCUGGACAGAAGAAGACAAGCACGGGAAAGUGAAAUUUGCAGUCGUGCAAACGUAUGGAGACACCACCCACACACUCAUAGAGAAACAGAACUACAAAGGACUCUUCUUACCUGGAUUUGAAGCCCCUCUCUUUAAGGACCCGCUCUUAAAAAAACUACCUGCUGCAAAACUGAAGUUUAUUGAUCACAUUGUGGGGAAUCAGCCUGACCAGGAGAUGCUCUCUGUGGUAGAAUGGUAUCAGAAGAAUCUCCAGUUCCAUCGCUUCUGGUCUGUGGAUGACAAACAACUGCACACUGAAUUCAGUGCCCUGCGGUCUGUGGUUAUGGCCAAUUAUGAGGAGACCAUCAAAAUGCCCAUCAAUGAACCUGCAAUGGGCAAGAAGAAAUCUCAGAUCCAGGAAUACGUGGACUAUUAUGGAGGCCCUGGAGUCCAGCACAUCGCCCUGAACACCUCAGACAUCAUCACUUCGAUCACAAACUUGAAAGACCGUGGCAUGGAGUUCAUGUCCGUUCCAUCAAAGUACUACCAGCAGCUCCGGGAGCGGCUGAAGACAGCCAAGAUCAAAGUGAAGGAAAGCAUUGACAAACUGGAGGAACUCAAAAUCUUAAUUGACUUUGACGAGAAGGGCUACCUGCUUCAGAUCUUCACCAAGCCCGUUCAGGACAGGCCGACCGUCUUCCUUGAGGUCAUUCAGCGCUACAACCAUGAGGGUUUUGGAGCAGGAAACUUCAAGUCUCUGUUUGAAGCUAUUGAAAUUGACCAAGAUGCUCGGGGAAACCUCAACAUCCUGACGCCCGACGGAGAGUCCAAGCUCAUGUAA